AUACUCAAAUAUUAAAACAUUCUUGAAAAUAUUCUUUAUAAUAUUUAUAAAAAGUUGGUAAUACUGAUUUCUUUUGCUUUUCCAUUACAUUUAAUUGUGCGCAUGUGUGCGUAGUCUAAACUAGUAUUGACGUUGACAAUUUGCAGUUGAUAUUAUAUAGAAAUCUAACGAAAAGAUAGUUGUGGGUGUUUCCUAAGAUAAAAGUUAUACAUUCCGUAUAUUAUUGAGAUAUCAUGGAUGCAUUUGGUGAUAACUUUGUCAAUGAAGAAGUAGAUCCAGUUGCAGAAUUUGUAGCAAGGGAACAGGAUCAAUUGGCAGGAUUAGAGAAUGAAAUUCCAUCAGUUUCUAUGUCUGCUCCUGCGACAGCACCUAAUACAGAUGUUGGUCCAGGUGGUGAUGCUGAAGGCAGUUUUGAGAUAAUAGAUGCUAUUGGACAACUUCCUGAAACACAAGCAUCUUCAAUAAUAGAAACUGUAUCCAAGCCUCUCCCAAUAAAAGAAGAACCUGAGAAAAUACGAAAAUGGAGAGAAGAACAAAAAGCUAGAUUAGAAGAAAAAGAUGCAGAAGAAGAAAAGAAAAAAGAAGAAUGGAGAGAAGCUGCAAGAAAAGAAUUGGAAGAAUGGUAUAAACAUCAUGCAGAAGCAAUUAGUAAAACAAAAACUACGAACAGGGAAUCAGCCAAGAACGCAGAAAAACAAUUUGUAGCAGAAGCUGAUGAAGUGGAACCAGGAACUGAAUGGGAACGUAUUGCUAAACUUUGCGAUUUUAAUCCCAAAUCUUCCCGCACUUCAAAAGAUGUUUCCCGAAUGCGUUCAAUUAUUUUGCAGUUGAAACAAACUCCACCAGCUCCAGUCAGUCUUUGAUUAAAUUAACAACUUGGUAUAAAAAAAAAAA